CUGAAUGCCGUCCUCAAGUCAGAGAAAGACACCGAGACUUUAAUUGUAACACAAAGGUUCUUACGCACAGGACCUGACCACAGAUCAGACCCAGAGAGACUGGGACCACUGGGCUGUCCUGUACCUGGCUCAGAGUAUUUACUUUAUGGUAACCCAAGCCUUAGGAUGGUUCAUUCCCAUCGGGACUCAGGUGACGCGUUAGAGACUGGCAAUGAUCUGUCAUGUUCUUACACUACAGAGAUGGACCCUGGCAACAUGCCCUUGGGUUUAGAGACACAGACUGAUCUGUCUAGAGGGGACUGGAACCGGUACAGUAGUAGUGUGUACUCUGAAGGCUGCCUAGAUAAGAAAGGGGAGGUUAUAGUCGAUGAGAGGACUGUCAAAGUGAAGGGCGAGGCUCCUCUGACAUGGAAUGUAGACGAGACUCACUUAGGAGAUGGACACUCACAGGGCAGAGAUUUCUUAGAUUACAGGGAAAUCUUAGAGACAAAUCCAAAUAUCGCAACCCACUCCCCUUUACACGCGUUCAGGGAACGUGACCCAGUGUCCAUUUCGAUGGGGCCUUUCGAUUCACAGAGCCGGGACCUUUUCGAACAGGUUUUGAACUCAAAUGACCAAAGGGCCAAGGUUUUGGGAGGUGGAGCAAAAUCAGGCGAUAGUAAAGAGAAGCAGUUCCUCUGCAUGUUCUGUAACGAAGGCUUCAAUUGCCCACAGAAGGUAGAGAUCCACCAGAGGGUCCACAUAGGGGUGAAACCCUUCAGCUGUACCCAGUGUCAUAUGCACUUUGCUGAGGCUGGCAACCUGAAGAGGCACCAGAGGGUCCACACAGGGGAGAAACCCUUCAGCUGUGUCCAGUGUCACAUGCGCUUCACCCAGGCUGGUGACCUGAAGAGGCACCAGAGGGUCCACACAGGGGAGAAACCCUUCAGCUGUACCCAGUGUCACAUGCGCUUUACCCAGGCUGGCAACCUAAAGAUGCACCUGAAGGUCCACACGGGAGAAAGGCCAUUUGCCUGUACGCACUGUGUGAAAAGGUUCUCAGAGAGGAGAUGCCUUAGGAUACACCAGCAGAAAAAACAUUCCACUCUAUAACAUAGAAAGUAACUAUUCCACUCGAUAGCCUCUGACACUUAGAUCUAACCUUGCAUUAAAGACAAAAAUAAAUUUUCAUUAAUGUCAGCAGAUGCGUUUAGAGUAACGAGAGUAAUAUAUUUCAGUGUUGAAUAUUCCUGUGUAAAUAUUGCAUCCAGACAUUGUGUGAUACAAUGCAUAUGGAAAGUAUUCAGACCCCUUGACUUCGUCCACAUUUUGUUACUUUACAGCCUUAUUCUAAAAUGGAUUAAAUAUUUUUCCUCAUCAAUCUACACAGAAUACCCCAUAAUGACAAAGCAAAAAUAGUUUGACUAAAUAAAAAUUGUUUGACUAAAUAAAAAAUAAACUGAAAUAUCACAUUUACAUAAGUAUUCAGAUCCUUUACUCAAGUUCUUUGUCGAAGCACCUUUGGCAGCAAUUACAUCCUUGAGUCUUCCUGGAUAUGACGCUACAAGCUUGGCACACCUGUAUUUGGGGAGAUUCUUCCAUUCUUCUUUACAGAUCCUCAAGUGUUGUAAGGUUGGAUUGGAGUGUCGCUGCACAGCUAUUUUCAGGUCUCUCCAGGGAUGUUCAACUGGGUUCAAGUCUGGGCCCUGGUUGGGUUACUCAAGGACAU